AUGCCGACCCGACAGAAGCAGCUCGUCUUCUCCGUCUCCGGGCUCUUCAGCUUCUCCUGCGCCCUUACGGCCGCGGUGGCCACCGGUCUGCCGUUCUGGCUCAGCGGGACCGUGCUGUGCCGGACCGGGGCCGAGCUGGUCAAUGCCACCGGACCCGAGCUGGACAAGUUCCUGGGAGACCUGAGCUACGGGCUUUUCCACGGACAGCGAGUGAAGCAGUGCGGGCUGGGAGGGAGAGCGUCCAGGUUCUCAUUCUUCCCAGACCUGCUGAGUGCCAUCCCGGCAGGCCUCCAUGUGACCAUCAUCUUCUUCUGUGGUGUUGUGAUCGUCUUCUCCUCUGUGGCCACCGGCUGCUUCUUCUUCAACGCCUUCGGCAGGCCCUACGAGACGCUGCAAGGCCCCAUGGGACUUUACCUGUGGACCUUCAUCUGCUGUCUGUGCGGCGGUCUGGUGAUGAUACUGUUUGCGUCGGAGGUGAAGCUCCAUCGCCUGUCCGACCGGAUCGCCAAUUUUAACGAGGUCAGCUUCGCCUUUCAGACGUACAGCGAGCGCUACGACCGAUCCUUCUGGCUCUUCUUCCUCGUCUUCCUCCUCCACGGACUCAACAUCCUGCUGAUCCGACUGGCGGGAGUCCAGUUUCCCUUCCGGGAAACCAAAGAGUCAGAACUGAGCGGGGGGGCGGCUGACCUCAUGUACUGAGGGAACCUGAAGAGUCUGUGAGACCGGCGCGAGUCUGACGCCCACGAAUCGACAGUCAGUCUUAAACACGGCGGCAUCGGAACAUUCAUCAUUUCCUGUCUGAGAAAGACACAGAAGCUGGACCUGAACCAGUCUGUCGUUAAACAUGUAGUGAGAGGAAACAUUAAUACGUUUGAAUCAAUUAAACCUUUAGUCUGUAAA